AAUUCAUUCAACUACACCAUCAACGGGAAAAGGAAAAUGAGCGGAAAACUUAUCUCACAAUCCGAUCUUCUCCUCUUGGACUCAAUUCGCCGCUUCCUUCUCGAAGAUCAUGAUGACUUCCAAUUCCAAACUCCAUCUACGUACGUUGGCAAUGUUGUUUCUUCUCACCGUUCUGAGUUCGGGGCCGGCGGGGACGAAGUUCACGAUGUUGUAUCUGUUGCACCUCCUCCAAUGAAGGUGGCGCGUGGAGACAAAGCGCCACCGCAGAUUGCGAGAUACAAGGGGGUGAGGAGGAGGCCCUGGGGGACGUAUGCGGCCGAGAUUAGGGAUCCAAAGAAGAAUGGCGCUAGAGUUUGGUUGGGGACGUAUGAGAAACCUGAGGACGCCGCUCUGGCUUAUGACCGAGCUGCUUUCAAAUUGCGCGGUGCCAAAGCCAAGUUGAAUUUCCCUCACCUCAUCGGCUCUAACAUUAAUUGCGAGCCUGUUAGAGUGAGGAGUAAACGAAGGUCACCGGAGCCGACUUCACCAUCUUCGUCUUGCUUACCUUCCUCCUCCUUCUGCUCGGCAUCCGUAGUAUCGGAUAUUAAUCUAGAAUGUCUGAAGCAAAAGCGGAGAAAGUAAGGAGGCGGACAAUGCAGCAGCACUAGAAAAUGGGUCUGAGUUAUGGAAAAAUGAGAUGAUGAUGCCAACUGAUUUGUGACAGCUUCUUGAUUGCUAAUUAUAUAUCAAUUGUUCCCAACAUAAUCACCCAUUUUUGAAAGAAAGAGAAGUUGAUGAC